AUGACGGGCGGCGCGAGGCUGCUGCGCGCGUGGCCGCUGCGGCUGGGGCUGGCGGCGGCGGCGGCACGGCGGGGCAGCAGCGGGAGCAGGUUUGCCGCCAUGUCAUCACAGUCUCACUGGCUGACCACAGAAGAAAGGAACCAAGUUUUAUAUGACCUCAAAGGUGCAGGAUGGUCUGAGCUAAGUGAAAGAGAUGCUAUAUACAAAGAAUUCAACUUCAAAACUUUCAAUCAGGCUUUUGGCUUUAUGACUCGAAUUGCUCUGCAGGCUGAAAAGAUGAAUCAUCACCCCGAGUGGUUUAACGUGUACAAUAAGGUCCAGAUAACUCUCAUUUCCCAUGACUGUGGAGGGCUGACGAAACGGGAUGUCAAGCUGGCUCAGUUUAUUGACAAAGCUGCUGCAUCUGUCUAACAGCGAGGUGUUGAAAUCAUCAUGGAACCGCAUUUCUUUCAAAGUGAUUUCCCUUUGCAUUGUAUGAGACAUUUUUCCAGUCUUCUCUGUUUUUGUGAUUUUGAGCCUUAAAUUACCCUCUUCCUCCGGGGCCAUACCUAGUAUAUGCCAGUCUGCUGUAGAUAGAUCCUGAGUCUGAAGUAUGAGAAGUGUGA